AUGUUUGAAGCAAAUGCAAGGGAGCGUAGUCGUGUUCAAACGAUAGCCGCUGUAUUUGAAGCACUUCAGUCAUUACUGCCAUAUGAUGGAAAUAUGAAAUUAUCAAAAUUAUCUAUACUUCGUAUUGCUUCUAAAUAUAUUCAGUAUCUUUCUGCAUUAUUGGGUAUGGAUUGUGGUGGACAAGGACAUAAUAUUGAUAUAUGCAGAACUAUACUUAUUGAUACAAUUGAAAAUGAGACAUGCACAAAACGAUAA